AUGGAAAACGAUUAUCACAUCAUAAUCUAUUAUAGUUUUUACUACGGUAUUUCUUACGAUGAUGAUGAUGAGGCAAUCAGAGAGUACUGGGAUAUGGUUCCUGAGAUGCCAUCUCAAAUUUGCUUCUCUGAAGCAAUCAUGAAUCCUACAAUUUUGAAAGGGAUUUUUCUGGGAAUGAUAGUCAGCGCAAGUCAAAUAUUUUCGGGAAGUAUGGCUUCCGUAUCGUACUCGACUAGCAUGUUCUCAGCUGUGUCUUUCGACCAAUCAUUCAUUCCAUUCUUGCCUGCACUGGGAGCACUUGUUUCUAUUGCCUUGACUUUACCUGCCCUUAGACUGGUAGAGACCACAAGUCGGCGUUCACUUCUACUUAGCACACUUUUACUGUGCCUUUUUGCUGACUGUCUUCUUCUUAUCUUCUCCCUUCUCUCCAUGGAUGAAUGGUGGGCCUCAUGGCUCUAUCUACUCAGUUUCUUCAUUUAUGGAAUAGGCUACAACCUUGGCACCGGUCCAGUGGCCUACUUCAUUCCUGCUGAACUAGUACCCGCAGAAGCAGCCAGUGUUUCAUUGGGAGCCGCUGUGGCCGUCAACUGGAUAAGUUCUAUGGUAACCACCUUGCUUUACUACCCACUAAAUGAAUCUGUACAAGGGUGGAGCUACCUCCUAUUUAUCAUCCCUACAACUCUGUUCUUGAUAAUCCUGUUCUUCUUUCUUCCUGAAACGAGGUUUCACUACCGAUCCGAUACCAUAGACAGUCGAUUGCUAGCGGACCUAGGACAACCGUCGCCUUAUGGAACUUUUGAAGACGACGAAAUUGAUUUAUUUUGA